AUGGCUAACUCCAGGUUCGAGUAUGUCAAGGACUUUGAACAGCCCGACGUCUUGCUUCCCAAUACGUGGAUUGUGGUCCGCAUUGACGGAAGAGGAUUUCACAAGCUGUCGGAUCACUAUGCCUUCAUCAAGCCAAAUGACCGGCGUGCGCUCGACCUCAUGAAUGCUGCGGCGGUUGAGGUCAUGAAAGAGCUCCCGGAUCUAUGCAUUGCCUAUGGUGUCAGUGACGAGUAUAGCUUUGUUUUCCACCCAAGCUGUCAGCUUUUCGAGAGACGAAAUGCGAAAUUGGUCACAACCAUUGUGUCAACGUUCACCGCACACUACAUCUAUUUAUGGUCGACAUAUUUCCCUUCAAAACCUCUCCAUCCACCAUACCUGCCUUCGUUUGAUGGACGGGCGGUCAUCUAUCCCUCGACGCGAAUCCUACGGGAUUAUAUGAGCUGGCGACAAGUUGAUUGCCACAUUAACAAUCUCUACAACACAACCUUCUGGACGAUGGUCCAGCAAGGGGGUAUGAGCAAUACAGAUGCAGAGCAAGAACUUAAGGGAACCGUGUCCGCCGACAAAAACGAGAUCCUCUUCAAGCGCUUUGGCAUCAACUACAAUAACGAAGAAGAGAUUUAUAAGAAAGGAAGUGUGCUCUACCGCCAGUAUGAGCUCGAAGAACCCAAGCAGGCCCCAGCCUCCAAAGAAGACGAGGUCUCGCUUCCAGAGGCGCAACAGUCCCGCUCACAGCAGGACAAACUCAAGAAGCUGCGCCGAAAGGCGCAAGUCGUGGUUGAUCACGUUGAUAUUAUCAAGGAUGAUUUCUGGGAGAGACGGCCGUGGAUCCUGUCCGGCAGACCUGGCAGAUUGCCGGUGCAGAGCUAA